ACAAAAUUAAAACAAGUAAAAUUCGUGGACAAAUACUUUUGAUUACUAGAAAAAUCGUGAAAAAUUACAUUCAAGUACACCAAUCAACACGUAAAAUAUCUAUGACGCAAUAAGAUUUAAAUCCUCCUUAUACUCGAAGUUACAAGGCCUUACGUCUGCUAUUACGGGACGGGAAUUUCUUCUUGAGAUAAUCUGAGAUCUCAUGGGGCUCUGAUUUUGUUUUGGGUGUGGCUGGAGAUGGCGGCUACUCGGAGGCUUCAAAAGGAGCUGCAGGAUAUUCAGAAGUCUGGCAUCAGAUCAUUCAGAGAUAUCCAUGUGGAUGAAAGCAAUAUUCUCAUAUGGCAAGGACUCAUUGUGCCUGAGAGUCCGCCAUACAACAAGGGUGCCUUCCGGAUAGAGAUAAACUUUCCGGCCGAGUACCCGUUCAAGCCUCCCAAAGUGGUGUUCAAAACCAAGAUCUACCACCCGAACAUCGACGAGCGGGGCCAGGUCUGUCUACCUAUCAUCUCCGCCGAAAACUGGAAACCGGCCACCAAGACUGAUCAAGUGAUCCAGGCCCUGGUGGCACUAGUCAAUGAUCCGGAGCCCGAGCACGCGCUACGGGCCGACCUGGCCGAGGAGUACAGCAAGGACAAGAAAAAGUUCAUGAAGAGUGCCGAGGACUUCACCAAGAAAAACUCAGAGAAGCGACCUGCUGAUUGAGCCACUGCCGGACCAGAGACGUCACCGCGCGCCGCGCAUGGUGCGGCAAUGGGGCCGCAGUGUCGGCCGGCCGCGCGCCAUCUCUUCACCUAGUGUUGUUUGAACAAUCAGCCGCUCGUGCUGCCCGCUCGCCGCCUCCGUCUCCGCCGCCGCGGUACUGUGUGAUAGUCGGCGAUACCGCCCUCGAACCGCCGACGGCCACUGUUCUGUUUGUUGUUUUACGUUCCGGUGAGUGCGCAGGUGUGUGGACUUUGAUAGCGACGCUCCCCGUGGUGGGCGGCCGGCUCUCGUUUAACGAUUGGAAGGAGUGAGACGCGUGUGCUCGCAUAUAUAUCACACAAUCAUCGGAUAAUACACAGAAUACGUCACUGAC